UACAAUUUUCACACCUUCAUCUUCUCUCUCUAUUUCCUUUUCCCCCAAAAGGCCAAAACACCCUUGCAGCUAGCACCAUGGUGAACAUGAAUGGUGUGUGCCAUUUAAUGCAAGGGCUGAAACCAGCGCUGCUAAUGUUGUUUGUGCAGGUUGCUUAUGCGGCAGUUAAUAUCGUCUACAAGCUCGCCAUAAACGAUGGAAUGAGCAUGACGGUCGCCACUGCCUACCGCCUCACUUUUGCAUCCGCCUUCACUGUCCCUCUUGCUCUUUUCUUUGAUAGGAAGAAGAGGCCAAAAAUUACUUGGAGGGUGCUUGUUUUGGCAUUUCUGUGUGGAAUGUUUGGGGGUAGUUUAUUUCUAAAUCUUUACGCCGUUGGUUUGGCUUUGACAUCAGCAACUUUUAUGUUGGCUGUGGUCAACCUUAUUCCUGGUAUUACCUUCAUCAUGGCUACAUCUUUUGGAUUGGAAAAAUUAAAUUUGGGAGCAGCAGAAGGGAAGGCCAAGGUGAUGGGAACUAUUGUUGGAAUUAGCGGGGCAAUGGUGCUAACCUUUCUCAAAGGGUUCGAAAUUAAUAUUUUGUCUUCUAAAAUUGACCUUAUGCAUCCACAUCAUGACCAAAGUGGGCAUAUGAUGCGGCCUCAUGUAGAUUUUAGUAAUAAACUAUUAGGUGUUCCUUGCGCCAUAGCAAGUUGCUGCUCUUUUUCUUUGUGGUUAAUCACUCAGGCUAAGAUGAACCAAGAAUACCCGAGUCAUCACUCAAGCUCAGCGUUGAUGUCAACCAUGGGAGCAAUACAAUCCAUUGUUAUUGCUCUUUGUUUUGAUAGGGAUUGGAGCCAAUGGAAGCUGGGUUUUAAUAUCAGGCUUCUAACAGUGGCUUAUUCGGGAAUUGUGGGCUCUGGUAUGGUGGUUGUUGUUAUUGCGUGGUGCAUAAAGAUGAGAGGCCCUCUAUUUGCGUCUAUUUUCAAUCCAGUGCAACUAUUACUUGUCGCCAUCGCUGCUUAUUUAUUGUUGGAUGAGAAGUUGUAUUUAGGAAGUGUGCUUGGAGCAGUGUUGAUUGUCAUUGGCCUAUAUGCGGUGCUUUGGGGUAAGAGCAAAGAAAUGAAAAAGAAGACUCAAUUAGUGCCAAUACAAAACACCACAAAGGCCGAAGUUAUUGAGGUCAAGAACAACUUCUCUCAAUUCCUCUUGGUAAGGGGAGUUUACAGGCUACGAGGAUAUGAUGAUUAUAUGAUUCUCUGGCAGGAGGAUCGCGUUUAAUUAUAUUUAAUUAGUUGUUAAUUAUCAUUGCUAUUCGAUAUGGUUGUAACUUUAAUACAGGUGUUGUGUGUGAAUGUUGGAUACUUGUAUGGUUGAUUGAUGCAUUAGACAGGUGCAGGUUAUGGCUCAAGAAAAGAAAUACAGGGAAAUAGGUCUUGGAGGCAUUUAUGUGGCAGGAACCAUGGAAUGGUUAUUCAGUGAUCAACAGAUCUAUCUUUAGCUUUCAAACAAGGAUUUUGCAUUUAGGAGAAAUUGAUUAGAAAAUAAUUAGGUGAUAAUGGCUUAGAGUAAUAAUAAAACCGUUUAUGCAUGAAACUAUAUUUUUUGUUGUUGAUCACUGAAUAACAGGUAUUCCAGGUGAUGGUUCGAUUACGAAUUCAGAAUGCCUCCAGGAUAACUACUCAAAUAUGAGUAACCGAACCUUGUGUGGUUCCAGGCAGGAUAAGGGGGAGAUGGUUGAACGAUGAUUGAAUAAUUUUCAUGCAUCAUAACAUGAGCAGGUAGGAUAAGGAGUAGGAACGAGCGGCAACUUCCACCUGAGACCCCGGAUGUGCACCCGGUGUGGAUGCCCGAGAUACCUGAGGUGGCACGUAAGACCAUGAGUGGCAGUGCAAUUUGAAAACGCUAAAAGGGUAUUCAGACUCGGUAAAGAGUGGGCCGGUGGCGCCAUAUUCCCGAGUGACGUUCCGAAGAGAGAGGCUUUGAGAAGCCAAUGGGCCCAGCAAUCAUAUGUGAUAUGUGUUUGUUGAUACGGUGGCAUGCAUAGCAUAAACUCAUAUUUGCUUAUGUAAUUUGUCUGUGAUUGUGUGUGGUUGCAGGAUGAUGAUUGAUUGCUAACCGAAUAUAAUUAUUUGCCUUACUUCUGACUGAUAUAUUAUAUAUGAUUUAUAUCUAAGUCGUUCUGUAGCUCACCCUUACGCUUUAUUU